AGUGGGGAAGAGAAAAAGAAAAAAUACGAAAAAACUACCAAGUGCAAAACUUUACCAUCGUAAUCUAUCUUUGCUCCUCUAUUAAUCCCUCUUCACCUUUCUCUCUCCUCUUAUCCCGCCAUUGCCGUCAAUUUUUGAGCUCAUAAACCCUAAAAUUCAACAUCAUCACACUCUAAACUCCUAUUUCCAUUCUUCCGUAGUGUAGGACAGAGAGAGAUUCAUCCUUUUUUUUGUUUAAAAUUCUAACUUCCCUAAUUCGAAGCGAAAACCCUAAAAAAUCAUUUUGAUUGUGGUUCGAUUAAUAAAACAAAUUCAAGAUGAGGAUUAUGAUUAAAGGAGGUGUUUGGAAGAACACCGAAGAUGAAAUUCUUAAAGCUGCUGUUAUGAAAUAUGGUAAAAAUCAAUGGGCUCGUAUUUCUUCUCUCCUUGUUCGUAAAUCUGCCAAACAGUGUAAAGCUCGAUGGUAUGAGUGGCUUGACCCUUCCAUUAAGAAGACAGAGUGGACCAGAGAAGAAGAUGAGAAACUACUUCAUCUUGCAAAGCUUAUGCCAACUCAGUGGAGGACUAUAGCACCUAUUGUUGGUCGUACGCCAUCUCAGUGUCUUGAGCGCUAUGAGAAACUUCUUGAUGCAGCUUGUACCAAGGAGGAGAAUUAUGAACCUGGAGAUGACCCACGUAAAUUACGUCCAGGAGAAAUUGAUCCCAAUCCAGAGUCUAAGCCUGCACGACCAGACCCUGUUGAUAUGGAUGAAGAUGAGAAAGAAAUGCUCUCUGAAGCACGAGCUCGGUUAGCUAACACAAGGGGUAAAAAGGCUAAAAGAAAAGCUAGAGAAAAGCAGCUUGAAGAGGCAAGGAGGCUUGCUUCUUUGCAGAAGAGAAGAGAACUCAAGGCAGCCGGUAUAGAUGUCAGGCAAAGGAAGAGGAAGAGGAAAGGAAUAGAUUAUAAUGCUGAAAUCCCAUUUGAGAAAAGGCCUCCUUCAGGGUUCUAUGAUGUUGCUGAAGAAGAUAGACCUGUAGAGCAGCCGAAAUUUCCCACAACAAUUGAGGAACUUGAAGGAGAGAGAAGGGCGGAUAGGGAAGCUCGAUUAAGGAAACAAGACAUUGCGAAGAAUAAGAUUGCCCAGAGGCAAGAUGCUCCUGCAGCAAUAGUGCAAGCCAACAAGCUUAAUGAUCCCGAAACAGUCAGAAAGAGGUCGAAGUUGAUGCUUCCUCCUCCACAGAUUUCUGACCAGGAGUUAGAGGAGAUUGCAAGAAUGGGCUAUGCUAGUGAUCUUUUGGUCGGAAAUCAAGAACUUGCUGAAGGAAGUGGUGCAACCCAUGCUCUUCUUGCAAAUUAUUCUCAGACACCUCGACAAGGGAUGACACCAAUGCGUACUCCCCAAAGAACCCCUGCUGGGAAGGGUGAUGCUAUUAUGAUGGAAGCUGAAAAUUUGGCUAGACUGAGGGAAUCUCAAACACCAUUGCUUGGAGGAGACAACCCAGAGUUGCAUCCUUCAGAUUUUUCAGGAGUGACUCCAAAGAAAAGGGAUGUUCAAACUCCUAAUCCGAUGCUUACUCCUUUGACAACUCCUGGAGCAACAGGUCUUACUCCAAGGAUUGGUAUGACUCCCUCCAGGGAUGGUAAUUCUUUUGGUAUGACACCCAAAGGAACUCCUAUCAGGGAUGAGCUUCACAUAAAUGAAGAAAUGGAUAUGCAUGAUAGUGCAAAACUUGAACUUCGGAGACAAGCUGAACUGAAAAGAAACCUACGUAUGGGUUUAAGCGGUCUUCCAGAGCCCAAGAAUGAGUAUGAAGUAGUUGUUCAUCCAGAACCUGAGGAUACUGAAGAACCAGAGGAAAAGAUUGAAGAGGACAUGUCUGAUAGGAUAGCUCGUGAGAAGGCUGAGGAAGAAGCAAGGUAUCAGGCAUUACUCAGAAAGAGAUCAAAAGUACUGCAAAGGGAGCUUCCUCGUCCUCCAGCUGCUUCUGUUGAGCUCAUUAGGCGUUCAUUGAUGAGAGCUGAUGAAGAUAAGAGUUCAUUUGCCCCUCCUACAGACAUUGAGCAAGCAGAUGAGUUGGUGAGAAAAGAGUUGCUGAGCUUGCUGGAGCAUGAUAAUGCCAAGUAUCCACUUAAUGAUAAAGAGCAAAAGAAGGGAGCCAAACGUAGUGCUAAUGUAGUACCUGUGAUUGAGGAUUUUGAACAAGAAGAGCUGAAAGAGGCUGGUUCUUUCAUCGAGGAGGAGGCUCAGUAUCUACGUGUAGCAAUGGGACAUCAGGAGGAGACUCUUGAUGAUUUUGUUGAGGCACACACGACUUGCUUAAAUGAUUUGAUGUACUUUCCUACUCGUAGUGCUUAUGGUCUCUCCAGUGUAGCUGGAACUGUAGAGAAACUUGCUGCCCUACAAAAUGAAUUUGACAAUGUUAAAAGGAGGAUGGAUGAUGAUAACAAAAAGGCACAACGGCUUGAGAAGAAGAUCGAUGUUCUUACACAUGGUUACAAGAUGCGGGCUGAUAAAUUGAAAACCCAAAUCGAGCUCACUUUCAAGCAGAUGAACACUGCGGGGACUGAAUUAGACUGCUUUCUAGCUUUGCAGAGACAGGAAAAAUUGGCAGCUUCGUUCAGGAUCAAGGGUCUCUGGGAAGAAGUCCAGAAGCAAAAAGAGCUUGAGAAAACUUUGCAGAAACGUUAUGGAGAUCUUGUUGCGGAAUUAGAGAGGGCUCAGCAGCUCGUGAAUUUCUACAAAAUAGAGGCUCAAAAGCAGGAAGAAAUGGAUGCAAAGAAACACGCAGAAGAGUUGGCUGAAAAAGCCGCAGCUAAUCAGGCUUCUACACGAGGCUCUGAAGCUCCCGAACCUGAGAGCACCAUGGAAAUAGAUUCCUCUGAUGAUGCUAAACCUAAUCAGGAUGGGGAAGUUGCUGAAGCAGUCAGUGGAGCUAGUUUAGAAAAUGGCAUGCAUGUAGAUGGUGAUGUGACAUCAAUUACGGACACACAAAGUGCGUCACUAGCUUCUGAUGAGGUUCAUCAGCAAGAUUCUUCCAAUGAUUUUAAAGCUGUUAAGGAGCAGAAUAUGGACACCACUAAAAUUCCGGAUGGUGUUUCGGAGAAUAUGGGUAAUGCAGUUGAAGAGGCUGUUGAAAGUAAUGGUUUUGCCGUUGGAGAGCCGGUUUCUAUCAGCAAAGUGGAAACCCAAAGAGUAGAUGGGGAUCUUGGCAGCCAGAUCAACAGGGAAGAGGGGAAUGAACCUACGGUAGAGGCAGAUGCAGACAAGCCUGUAGAGAAGGUGGAAAAUGGUGCCAGUGAUGAACAAGUGUGAGACUGGUUUGCAGUUAAAUAAAGCUCAAGGUGUUUUUUACUGGCCAUUGCUAUCUGUUGAUAACCGUUGCACCUUCAAGAGGAGGUAUUAAAGAUGUGGAAGUUAUGAUUCAAUGAGCUAUUUGAAGGUUAUGGAUCGCAUUUUUGCAACUUGUUCUUUUUAGCGAAAAUUGGAUGUUCCGUCAACUUGGUCUUGGAUUCUUUGGUAUGUUUCCUGGACAUCUUCUGUUGUUAGAACACGAACUCUUGAAUACGUUGAAUGUGUAGACAUGUUCUCGUUUUUUACCUUAUCGAAUGAUAUCUGAUGAAAAAGCUAUAGAUUAUUAUGUUGGAACUUGGAUGUUAUGGGCUAUUCCUUUUGUCUCUAAAAGAUCUCCCCAUUUACCGUUUUUGA